GCUCCUAUUGAGCUCCUUCAUCACUGCAAAUAACUUUUGACUUGUAAUUCAGAACAUUGAACCAAGUGGGCUGGACUCUGGCGUGCGCGCGCCGGGAGCCACAACUGAACCAUGCUAGCGAGCGGCGGCCGUGUCGACGCUGCUGGGCGGGCGUCAGCUGCUCGAGGCUCUAGGAAUGGAAUUCUGCUGACCGGGCAACCUGGCGCGGUGGUCCCGACUGGCCCAGCCUCGGCGUCGCCAUGCGCAGCAGCGGUGUUGCGCAGGUCGUCGCGACCGACCAGUGGGCUCACGAUUGGCGCGGCCUCGCCGGUGCCGCACAGGCCUCAAGUUGCGGUCUCUGACAGUGCCAUGGACUCGGCAUCGGGGCUGAGCGCGGAGGAAGAGCAGGCAUACCAGGAGAUGAUGGCAGCGCGCAAGGCGGAGCGCAAGGCUUGGAAGCAGGAGAUGCGGCGUCGCGCCAAGUUCGACCCCAUGGCGGCGCCGAAGCGCCCCGGCAUGACAGUUGCGAAUGCUCCUGCGGGUACCAACGCCAGCGCUGACGGCACCGCUACCGCCCCGGCAACGCCAGCGGCAGCCGCGGUGCCCGCGUUGAGCCGGCCCCGCGCCCUGGCGCCGCCGGGCAGCGGCGCCGCCCCGCCCAAGGCGCCGACGCCGGGCUCUGCAGCGCCGCCGCCAGCUGCCGCUGCCGCUGCGGUUUCCUCGCUGCGCGUCAAGCUGCCGCGUCCAGGGCCGCCGCCGCAGCCUACACCGCUGGCGCCAGGCGCCCCCGGCACCUCCGCCUCUGCCUCCGCUGCCUCACGCCGCCGCGAGCAGGCCGCCGCCGCUGACGACGAGGAGGAGGCGGCGGGCAUGACUAAGCGCCCCGCCGCUGCCGCUGCCGCCGUUGAUGACGAGGACGGCGAUGGUGAGCUCGACCUUGACGGCAUGGCGGCCAUGGCGCGUAAGAUCAUGGCGGACCGGGACAACGAUGACGAAGAGGCCGGCGAGCUGCAGGAGGUCGAGGAAAGCAGCAGCAGCAGCAGCAGCAGCAGUAAGAGGGCGCCGCCGCUGCGUGCCGCCGCUGGCGCAGCGCCGGUGCAGCCGCGCCGGCCGGGGGCGCCAGCGCCCAAGCGCGCGCUGAUGCCGAUUGCGCAGCUGCAGCGGCAGCGCGCGGCGGCGGCGGCCGCAGCGGCGGCGGCGCCUGCGGCACAGCAGCAGCAGCAGUCGAAGCAACAGCAGGCGGGCUCGGCUGCUUCGGCUGCGGCGGCGGUGCGCAGCGCGGCGGCGGGCGGCAAGCGCGUGGCGGCUGCUCCGGUGCCCCGGCCGGCGCAGAGGGAGGCGGCGGGUGCGGAUGAGGAGGAUGACCUUGACUGGGAUGCCCUGGAGGCCUAUGAGAAGUAUGAGCAGUACGUGAACGAGGUGACGGAGGAGGAGACCCGCGCCGCGCGCGCCGCCGCGCGCCGCGCUUCCUCCUCCACCGCCUCUACCUCCGCCGCUACGUCCGCGCCCUCGGCCGCCAAGCCCAAGGGCCGCAAGGCGGGCAGGGCCGGCGCCGCCGCCGACCCCGAGGACGCGCUGGACUCGCAGCUGGACAAGUGGGAGCAGCUGUUAAACUUCUUUGAGGUGGUGGAGAAGGACGGCAAACGCGAGGAGGCGCGGCGGCGCAAGGCCGCGGCGGAGGCCGCGGCGGCGGAGGCCGCGCUGGAGGAGGCGGAGGGCGGCGGCGCAGCCGCCAAGGCAGCAAAGGCAAAGGGUGCCAAGGGCGGGAAGGCGGCGAAGGCGGCGGGAGCUGUGGCGGCGGCGGCUGCGGCGGCGGCUGGCGGCGCGUCCCUGGCUGCUGAGCUGGAGGCGCUGGGGCUGCUGGAGGGGGAGGGCGAUGAGGACGACGAGGCGCGGGGCGAGGUGGAGGUGGACUGGCAGUCCAUGGAGCGCCUGUUCCUGGGUGAGGGCUGGGAGGCGGAGCUGGCCGAGCUCAAGGCCAAAGUGGAGGCCAGUGCGCAGGAGGUGGACGCGGCCAUGGCGGCGGCAGACGCAGCGGAGGGCGGCGCGGGGCCAUUUGAGGGCUGGCGGGACGAGGUGUCCACGCUGCUGCUGGGCCUGGUGGAGAUCAGCGCCAAGCGCUACCUGGGCCGCAGCCUGCUGGCGGACACGCCCGCAGCCAAGGCCGCGGCGGCGGCGGCAGCUGCCAACCCCACGGCCCCCGCGCCCGCUGCAGCCGCUGCAGGCGCCGCCGGCACCGCCGCCGCGGGCUCCAUGGGCGCGGCUGCGGCCGCGGCUGCCAGCGCCUCACCGCUACCUGAGGAGGAGCGGCCGGUGGCAUUCUGGGAGGCGCCCUACAUGCUGCUGGUGCAGGACGACAGCGAGGACCCGCAGCUCGAGUACGCCAACCGCACCGCGCUGCAGGCGCUGGGCUUCGCCGCCUUCGACGACGCCACCGGCGGCAUGGCGGCGGCGGCGCUGGCGGACGCCCGCCACCCGGCCUCGCAGGCGGAGUGGCUGUGGGCGUGCACGGAGGCGGCGGAGCGGCCGGAGCAGUUCUCCACCAUUCCCUCGCUGCGCCUGCGCGGCCCCGGCUCCGGCGCGCCUGCUGUGCUGGCUCGCGGCGUGACUGUGUUCCGGGUGGACUCGCUGGAGGGCGAGCCCAUCGGGCAGGCCGUGCUGGUGGAGAGCUGGCGGCGGCUCACAGCGGAGGAGGAGGCGGCGGACGAGGCUGCGUGAGGGGGGGGCGCGACUGCACAGCAAGCGACGCAGAGUUGCAGGGGAGGAGGGGGGACGGGGGAGGGGAAGGGAGGGGGGAGGGGAGGGGCGCCGCUUGUGGAGGGAAGGAGGUUCAAGUGUGCGGGGGCAGGGCGCCGUGCCAGAAGGCACAAGGGAGGGGGUGUUGGAGAGGUGGGCUGCGCCGUGCACAGCCACGAACGGGUGGAACCAGGGUACGGCUCGAGCCUAAGCGGUUGAGUGAGUAACUGUAUUCAUCAGGAGAACAUGAUAGCAUCUGCUGGGAAGCUGGGGUAUUCUAAGUCGUGGAUCGGAUCUGCGGCGCCAACCCGUGCGGCGUGCUUAGUGGCCCAUCUUAUGCGGUCUGUGGUCUUCGCUGCUUAUCGUAUCUUACGUGCUAGUCUCGUCAGCCGUGCGAAAGAUGUUAUUCGAGGUGGCUAGCCCAUGACGGCAGUGCGGGAGAAAUGAACCGGUAUUGGCUGGUGUGGUCUGUCCUGGUCUGUCCUGUGCCGCUCAGCGCUGCGCUCAGUUACCAUGCUAGUCUUGUCAGCCGCUUGGAAGAUGUGAUAGGCGCAGCGGGAGGUGCUGGAGAGUAGCGAGUAGCGACGCCUACAAGGUGCAGCAGGCCUGGAGUGCAGCAGCGGCGGCGAUCCACGCAAUCGUCCACGCAAUCCCGAGCGCCAAUCGCGCGCUGUGGCCCGACAU